AUGGCAGCUGAGGAUUCAGACUUAGAUGAGGUGUUGUUGAUGGCUACAACUAAAUCAGAUGAUGACUACCCAGAGCAGUGGUACCUUGACACGGGUUGUUCAAAUCAUAUGACUGGUCAUAAAGAGUGGUUUGUAAGCAUUGAUGAUAAGGUGAAAAGGGAAAUCAGAUUUGCAGAUAACAGUUCUGUAACGACAGAAGAAAUAGGAAAAGGUGAAAUGAGAUUGUUUGAUGAUUCAAGAAGAUUGAUCUUGAAGGCACUACUAUCUAAAAAUAGAACCUUCAAGAUUGAUAUCCAGAUCAAUGAGAGCAAGUGUCUAGUUGUUGAAGUCAUGAAUGAAGAUUGGUUGUGGCAUAAGAGGUUUGGACAUUUAAAUUUCAGAAGCAUUCAAAUGUUGCAUAACAAGAAAAUAGUGCAAGGAAUUCCAAAAAUUAAAAUGCCAAAGGAGUUGUGUGAAGAAUGUUGUCAGGCCAAGCAACACAGAAACUCAUUCAAGGCUGAAGUACCAACUCGAUCUUCAAGAAUGAUGGAGAUAAUCUACUCUGAUGUUUGUGGUCCUUUUGAAGAAGUAUCAAUAGGAGGGAUAUUGCAUGAAGUAACUGCACCAUACACUCCCCAACAUAAUGGCACGGCUGAAAGGAAAAACAAAAUUAUAGUGAACAUGGCUAGAAGUAUGUUAAAAGGGAAGAAAGUGCCUCAUAAAUUCUAG